UGCAUGGUGACGUCAUAUUUACAUGAUUGUAAUAACGUUAAUAGUGUUGUGUAUGAGAGAUUUUUACUAUGAAACUUAGUUUUAAGAGUGUUGCUUUGGUUGUUGAGUAAAAGACUUUUGAUGAAUAUUUGCCGUUAGGCUAGUGUAGAAAAUGGACAUAGAUAGAGAUUUUGAUGCAAGUUUACUGCAGCAGUUUAGCUGUCUUGGAACGACAGAUAGGGAUGUUCUCAUAUCCCAGCUGCAGAAACUUUUAGGCGAUCAGUUAAAUCCUGCAGGAUGUGCUUUUUUCUUGGAUAUGAAUAACUGGAAUUUACAAGCAGCAGUAUGUGCAUACUUUGAUUUCGAUUCUCCAAGAGAUAAUUUACCCAGAAUGUCUUUUGUGAGAGAUGUUACUAUUGGAGAUGGUGAAGCUGUUUCACCAAAUAUGAAGUUUGUAAAAACAUGGUCAAUUCAGAAUCCAAGUCAAGAAAGGUGGCCACCUGGUUGUUCUUUACGAUUUGUUGGUGGUGAUCGGAUGAGUCAUAUCGAUCGUGUUUUUGUAGAUCCUUUGGAACCACACGAAAUGGUUGAUGUUUCUGUAGAGAUGGUGAGUCCUCAAACACCAGGAAUGUAUCAAGGACAGUGGAGAAUGAGUACAGCAACUGGGCAAUUUUUUGGAGAAGUAAUCUGGGUCAUUGUAACAGUGGCUGAGGGAGGUGUUUUGAGUUUGACUCAACAAAUGGAUGCAUUUCAUCAGCUUGGAUCACCUCCACGGACUACACAUAUGCCUAUAAAUCCAUUUGCUUCAUCAAAUUCUAAAUGUAGAGGGUCUUUUGAUAGCAUGGCAUCAUCGCAACUCCCUCAUAAUGAGUAUCCCAUUUCUCCAACAUCUGGAGAAAAUUCAUUCUCUCAUGAAAAUAGUAUAUCUUCGUCUCCUGUAGCACAAGAGCUUCAGGAUUCUCAGCAACAGUUCCUUGUCCCGCCAAAUGUAACGUUGAAUGUUUUAAAGAAUGAUUCUACAAGUGAAGAAAUGAUUCCUUAAAGAAAUAUUAAAUGCUUAAAGUUAUGUUUGGGAUUAUUUUUGGAUAUUUGAUUUACAUUUUUAAUGCAAUAAAAUUUGCAGUUUUAAGCUUCAUAUUCCCAAAUUAUCACUUCAUCUUGAAAGCAAGAUUCUGUACACAGAGGUCUUCAAUUCAUAAAUUUAAUAAAAGGGAAAAAAAAAUAUUAAUGUAUAUUGAUAAUCUGGGUUUUGUCUUUUAAAUUUGUUUUUAUAUUAUUAGAUGAUUACUGGAACAAGAAAAGUAACGAAAAUAAGAAUUUUUAUGUUAUGUUAAAAAGUAUAAUCAUUUUAAGUAACUUUUCUGCAAUAUGUAAGUGUACAAUUAUGUCAGCAAUAAGAAAACUGAAAGCUGUUGCUAAGAGUAUGAAAUGUGCAGCUUAGCCUUUGAAACUAAACUGUAAAUAUGUAAUAUUAUGAAUGCAUUAAAAUUUAUUGGCUUGUUUUUUUCUUGUACUUCAAGUGCUAAAAUUAUUGAACUAUUUCAGAACUUAGUAAACUUUAAAAUGUAUUAAUUCUAAAUUUGUAAAUUGAAUAGAUCAUUAUAAAGGUGUUUUUCUUUGAAAUUAUUUAAUUAUGGAAAACUGUAAUUUAUUCUGUUGUACGUGUAAAAAUUACUUUUAUGCAUCCCUUGUCUUUUAACUACGUGCUAUGGUCUUUUAUAAACUAAAAUAUAUUUACACAUAAUUUUUAUGAGUUAAAAUAUGUACUAUGGUUUGAAUUUAUCUGAACAUUUAGUAUGGAAAUAUGAAAAGUAAGUUUGUAAUGUUUUAUAACUUUAUUCUUUGACUAUUCUUAUUAUCUGAAGACACCAUAUUUUUUUAAUUAUUGUAAAUGCGAAAGCAUAGCACCUUACAAUAGAUUAUUUUUAUUGUUUUUUUUUUGUAUAAGCAUGUGGAAUUUAAACAAAAAUGUGAGUUUUCCGUCUUAGGUAAAUGAGAUAAACAUGAUUACAGAUUUCAGGAUUUGGAGCUGUUUUUCUUAUUUUCCCAUCUUCUUUUGUUUUAUAGGUAGCAUUAAAUGAUAAGUUAUCCUUCAACUAGACUUUGUAAUUAUUAUGAACACCAUCUGUUCAGUGAAAUAUCCUCUCCUCUUUCCUUUCACUUCUUGUUACUUUUAAGUUGAUCGUAAUAGAAAUAAGUUUUAAACGCAAAUGGUAUUCAUUUUGCAUGUCUGUCAAAAAAUGCAGUGGUACUGUAAAAAAUGCAAUGCAAGGAAUUUUCAGGGAGCUAAUGUAGUCAUGUUAUAUAUUAAUGUAGUUCAUGGAAACACCAUUCGAUUAAUCCUUUUUUUUUUUUUUUUUUUUUCAGUCUUUUAAUGGCUCUGCAUUCAAUUUUUAAAAAUGAUAUUUUUCUGCUAUUAAACAUUUUUUAUUUUAAUUUUUGAUAUUUUUGAUAAGAAAAUUAAUUUUAAAGGUACCAAAUUAUUUAACUCAUUUAAUCCUAAAUGAAUUAUUUCUGUAUUUGUAACAUUUGUUAAAUAAAUUAUUAUAUAAAUAUUCUGUCCUUUCAUUUUCCACAGUUAUGAAAAAGUAAUGCGCUUAUAAUUGCCUACAACCUUCAAUUUUAGCACCACUAAUGUUUUUACUUAAAGAAAUAACAUAAUUAUUUCUGUAUAAUAUUGGCAUUAAUUUUAGUCUGCAAAAAUUUUAUCUGUUCUAAUACAUUGAUUCCUACUUGUAAAUUCUCUAAUUAAAUGUUAAUUAUCACUUUUUGUUACAGUCAUAAAAAAAAGUAGACUUUAGUGCUAAUGGUUUUUGUUACAGUCAUGGGAAAAAAAUCUAAACCUUAUUGCUAAUGUUAUGAACUUGAUUUCUUUUCAUUUCUCAAUUUGUAUUAGUUUUCACUUGUAGUAUGUUUAUGGUAAUACAUUUUUGGUUAUAAUUUGACACGAUUGUUAUUCGAGUCUUGAAUUACAUUUAUAACAUUAGAAUAAAUAUGCCUUGGGAACAUCAUAAAUUAAGGAAGCCACCACAAUUCGAAUUUGGCACCAACUAGGACACUUUCAUGGAAUACUUUUCGUCUCAUUAUUAUUUCUCGUGUUUUAUUUUAUAAAAGUAGGUCUUGAAAAUAAAUUUUAUUUUGAAAUUGUUCUAAUGCAAUUCAAAUAUCAGUAACUUAAUAAUUUUAGUAUUGUAAUAGAGGCUUGCACGUACAUAAAGAAAACUCCCUGAGCAAUCAACUUUUUGCAUAACCUGUUAUUUUCUUAAAGGCCAAAGUAGUCCUAAUCUUUAAAAUUUAAAGAAAGGGAAACGGGGAAAAAAAACCCUGUUAAUAAGUUUAAAAAAUUCUGUAAGCAUACAUUUUCAGUUUGAAUGUGUCAUGGUCCCACUUUUUAUUAAACAUUUCUUAUUGUAUACAUUUUGAUUCACAUUUUAUUUUUAAAAUUUUUUAUUAAAAAUAAAAUUUUUUAAUGCAAUUUGCAUAUUAUUAAUUUUAGUACUGUAAUGGAGCCGUGCACAUAUGUAAAAAAAAAUUUCCGAGUAAUCCAACUUACUACGUACUUGUACUUUUCGUAAAUGUCAAAAUUGUCCUAAUCCUUAAAAUUUAAGGAAAGGGAAUAACAGAUUUCCUGGAGAGAAAAAAAGCUAAUAAGUUACAAGGAGAGAAAAAAAGCUAAUAAGUUACAAAAAAUGCUGUAAGUAGACAUUUUUUGUAUAUUGAGAAGAAAGUUCUCAUUGGGUAUUUAAAAAUAAUAUGUAAAUAUACCUAAUGCUGCUAUGUCUGUAAAAUAUUCAAAAUGCCAAUAUGUAUAUUAAUAAUAUCAAAACUUUUUAUUGUAUUUUUUUUUUUUUUCCUUUUAGUACAGGAAAUCAUGUACAGGUUUUUAAUAUUUUGAAAUUUUAUUCAUUCUCUUCUGAAAAGUUCUCUCAAACUUUUGACCAUUUGGUCUUUUUUGAAAUAUGUUUCUGUUUAAUAAUAGGGGAAAAUUCUUAUCACUCACAUCUUUUUUAUUUUUAAAACAUUUUCUGUCUUCUUAUAUGUUAAACAUUUUAUAAGUAAACAUAUAUUUAUCCGAGGUAUUUGUAAACUAUUCAUUGCACAUUUCAUUCUUCGGUUUCUUUUGGUUCAGUUGAAAAUAGAAUAGUUGCAAUUUUUUUUUUUUGAAAGCAUAAUUAAAGUAAAUGAGUAAAAAGCAAUUCUGCAGACUUUUAUGUACAACUAAAUGCAAUCUAUAAUUUUAUUAAAUUUUCAUUGUGGAACAUUUUUCAUUUGAUUGUCCAUUGAAAACUUAAGUAUACUGCCAGCACCAUAUAUGUGUGGGUUAUAUCAGUCAUGCUGU